UCUCGAUCAUCAUCGGAUCAUCGUCAUCAUCCAGCAGGUGACCGCUAGCUCUGUACCUGUACGACGUGUGAAACGAGUAGUAGUUAAGCAUGACGGAGAGGCGCGCCGGCAUGGCGGUGGCGGUGGCGGUGGCGCUCCUGCUGCUGUCGUCGUUCGGCGUGGCGUCGGCGGCGGGGAGGGGACGACCCACCAAGAAGACGCUGAAGCCAGGGGAGAAGCCCUCGCCCAAAUCCAAGUUCUUCCCGCUCAGCCGCACCAAGUUUGGGCACAAGCGAAACUACGAGGCCUCCUGCGCCGACGAGGGCGGGCCGGCCUGCUACGUCGGAUGCCCCGCUGAAUGCCCCAACUCCUGCCUCGUCUUCUGCGAAUACUGCCUCAGCUUCUGCCAAUGUGACAUCUUCCCCGGCACCUCCUGCGGCGACCCGCGCUUCACCGGCGGCGACGGCAACACCUUCUACUUCCACGGAAGCAAGGACCAGGACUUCUGCAUCGUCUCCGACGCGGGCCUCCACAUCAACGCCCACUUCAUCGGCAACCACAACCCGGCCCUCAACCGCGACUUCACCUGGGUGCAGGCGCUGGGGGUCACCUUCGUCGCAGCAGGCGGCGACCACCACCACCGCCUCUACGUCGGCGCCCGCAGGGCCGCGGAGUGGGACGAGGACGAGGACCACGUCCAGGUCACCUUCGACGGCGAGCCCGUCGACGUGGACGCCGCCCGGAACGCGCGGUGGGCGUCCAAGGCGCUCCCGGGGCUCUCCGUCAGGCGCACCAAGGACGUGAACGCCGUCACCGUGGAGCUGGACGGCGCCUUCGCCAUCUCCGCGGCAGCCGUGCCCGUCACCGACGAGGACGACCGGGUCCACCGCUACGGCAAGACGGGCCGCGACAGCCUCGUGCACCUCGACCUCGGCUUCCAGUUCCAUAACCUCACCGCCGACGUCGACGGCGUGCUGGGACAGACAUACCGCCCCGGCUACGUCACCAAGCUGGACAUCAGCGCCAAGAUGCCCAUCAUGGGCGGCGCGCCCAAGUACCUGUCCGAGGGUCUCUUCUCCACUGACUGCGCUGUCUCCCGGUUCCACCACCGCCGCGAUGCCGCCGGCGCUGCCGUCGUCACCACAUAUGCCUCUUAAGUUGCAUGCCGCCAUGCAUGCAUGCAUGAGGAACAUGAGAAAUAAUCAACAAAUGGAGGCAGCCCAACAAUUACAUGUACUCCUACCCUGCAAGCAAGAAAUAAUUAAGUGGUCAUUCCAUUGACCAAACAUUAUUUAUAUUAAUUAUAAGGAGCUCAACCAAUUAAUUGAUAUGUGAUACUCGUAUGUAUGCUUCAGCUAUCCUCUAUAAAAUGAAGUUUCCAUGUCUUAGUCUUUAA